AUGGUCAAACAGAUGACGAUUCCUGUGGGGUCAACAAACUUCACCUAUGAUAAUAUCUUCCAAGGUCUAAGACCAAACCUCGUAGUAGUCGGAUUUGUGAACGCCACCGGAACCACUGGUGACUAUGAACAGAACCCGUGGUUUUUCCAGCCCUACGACGUCACAUCAAUCGGACUCUAUGUGGAUGGAAUACCAGUCGGAGGAAACCCCUUAAAACUCAAGUAUGGCAGUACUGGCAGUCAGACCAUCAUUCCCGUUCUAAGGAACAUGUUACAUUCGACGGGGAAAUGGCAAAAUGAUUCCGGCUCCGACAUAGGGAGGGACGAAAUUGCAAAAGGAUACGCACUCUAUACCUUUGAAUUGGAACCUAGCUUCCAAACCAAUCAAUACCUUAACUUGCUUAAACAGAGAAACGUGAGGCUAGAGGUGAUCUUUGGAAUGGCACUAACCUCAGCAGUAUCCUGUAUCAUUUAUUGUGAAUAUCCUCGUUACUUCGAAAUCAACGCUGCGAGGGACAUUGUGUUAUCAUGA